UUGCUUUCAUUUUCUGAAAUUCAAAAUGACAAUUCAGCUUGUUACUUAACUACAACACAACCUUCAACAGCAUCUACGGAAGAAGCAGUAGUUAGAUUAAGAGAAGAUGGAACAGACGAUGAAAUAUCGGCAGCAGUAGCCACUUCUUUACCAAACAGUACCACAACACAUACGAACGAUAUUGCCCAAAUGGAUAUCUAUCGAGAUUUAAUAUUACGACAUCUUAUUCAAGAUAUUAAUGCAACAUGUACUAAACUUGGAUUACCAACAGAUCCCCAAGCUUGGAGUGCUGAACAUAGUGCCCGCUGGAUGUCUGAAAUGUGUGUACAAUUCCAAUUGCCCCCACCACGACAGUUAUACAUGAACGGACGGACUCUACUCUCAAUGACACAAGACGAUUUUAUGGUGCGAGCACCAGAAGGUGGUGACACACUACAUGCACAACUGCAGCUAUGGAAAACAGGUAAAGAUUCUUACGAUUCGUACAGUCAACAAGGAGAUCAUAGCAGUAACAGUAAUAGCAGUCAUACUAGCUCACAAAUAACUCAGAAUUGCAAUUGCUCCCCACAGUACUGGAUGAAUCCCCCUUCAUUAGCAUUAAAUGCAGCAGAACAAGGAGAAUUACUUACAUCUGCUCAAGAUUAUUUAAAUAAUUUCAAUCCAAGCAGUACUGAUGCAACGGCCAAUAUGAAUUGUUAUCCUAAUAGUGCAUACCAAAAUAUUUCCCACGGAAGAAGUCUAGUUGAAGGUACAACUCAGCAACACUAUUAUGCAGGAGCUCAUAAUGUUGGAAUUGGAGUUUUACCAAGUCCCAGUGAUUCAGAAAUCUCCAACGAUUCUUCAAUAAAUGAUGUAAAUACUGUCGAUGCAGCAACCGUUGUUGAUGUCCGACAAACAACUACAUCUCGAUUUGCUCGACACUCUGGAAGUGUGCACCUUUGGCAUUUUAUCCGCGAAUUACUGGAUCAUCCGAAGCAAUAUAGUUCGUGCGUUAGAUGGGUUGACAGACAAGAAGGUACAUUUAAAAUAGAGUCAUCUCAUCAUUUGGCUCGUUUUUGGGGUCAACGUAAGAAUCGUACGCAGAUGAAUUAUGAUAAAUUAUCAAGAUCACUGCGACAAUAUUACAAGAAAGGUAUUAUUCAGAAACCUGAGAAAAAGCAACGUCUUGUUUACAAGUUUCUCCCGCCCUACAACCUUUAA